AUGGCUCUUCGUGGGCUGCUUCUUUCCGGGCUGUUUGUUCGUGCGGCAGCCUUUCGUGCUGCCGCGCCAAUGGUUGAUGGCACAUCCGAGGACGAGCUAGAUCUGGAGGUGGACUUUAGCUUCAUGACCAGUGACUUCCGAUACCCAGGGCACAGCUCAGGAGUCAUUGGCACAGUCAAGGAAUGGUUUGGGGGGCGUGCGAUCAGCGACGACGUGAAGGAAGAGAUUGUCAAAGGGCACAGCUGCGCAAGGCGGGGUGCCCGCGACGAGACCUAUUAUGCUACUUCCUUCUGCUAUUGGCUUCCGGAGAUUUCGGCACAUCGCCAGCGCAGUUCGGGUGGCCUGACUUGGAAGGGCGGAGCAUAUCCAAAAGGCAUUCCUUUGUUCAAGGGAGUCCAAGGUCAGGGGAAGUGCGUCAAGUGUUCCGUGUGCCACAACAACGCCCGUGGAGACCACGGGGAUGUGGCCAAGACUGACUUUGUCGAGGUGCUUGAGCUUCCCUCUGGCUGCUUGAAGGAGUCGGACGUGGAGCGAUUCUGUCUGUCUAGCUACGAUGUAACAGCGGCAGACUUGAAGGCUGAGAAGAUUCGCUGCGAGCAUGUGCAGCAGCGCUAUGACAGGGCAGUGUCAAAGCUUAAGACCGUCCAGACGGAGUUGGGAAGGCUUCCACGGGAGAUCGACUACGGGAUCCCUGCCAGCAUCCAAGCAGCCGAAAAGUCUCUCGUUCAGGCUCAGAGGCGCGAAGAAGAUGCGCAGAGUAAAGAACAACGCUGUCGCCAAGAAGUGGGAAGGGCUUGCGCAGACUAUCAACGAAAGCAUGGCAAUCUUGCUUUCAUGAACCACUUAUGGGGCGCCACAUCCACCGAGACCCUUUUGAACCAAAUGAGUUUUUCUUGCCCCUACCCACGAUAUGUCGACAACAACGAUGGGCAGCACUAUGACGAGUGGAUCCGAUACAACAACCAGCAGGAAGUCUACAGUGCUUGCAAAGCUUGCGAGCGUGCCAAGGACACGCUGCAGAGCGCGCACAGGCAGGUUUACAGUGCUCAAAGCGCCGUGCGGCGGGCGGAGAGGAGGAUUCCAGAGCUGCGGCGAGAGCUUCAGAAGGCCAGGGAUCAUCUUCGACAUUUUCAGGAAGUGGAACGAGCGACUGUAGCAGAGAAGCGAGCUAUGGAUGCGGAGUGGUUGCCACAAAGUUCGGCUUGCAAGACGACAUACACUGAUUACAGCACAGGCAGGUCUAAGGCUGUCCGUGCAUGCGCUCCCACCUACUACAAUGCAUCGUGUGAACGAGCGUGCAUCAGGCUCCAAGCGUCUGAUGCAGGCUGUGGAGUCGUCGAGGGAUCUCGUGCAGUUCCCCCUUCCGCUUCCGGCACAGGGGGCAUCCAGCUCACGUGCAGUCCGCCCCAGCCUUCUUGGAUACUUGGACCGUAUACUUACGGUGCACAGGAGCCUGCUGGAGCGCAGUGUGCACGAAUUGCAGAGUCACAGAAGCCAGUCUAUGCACAGAAAACACUAAAGGCGGGGUGGCUGAUGAAGAAAGGCCGAAUUGGAGGCUGGGACAAGCGUUAUUUUGUCUUGGAGUCUGGUGAUGCUGUUCGUUCCGCGGUUCUUCGCUAUUGGACUGAUGAUCCGACUCAAGAUCCUGGGGCUGACGAGAGGGUAGGAAAGGGUAUCAUCCUCCAAGAUGCCAAGGAUGUCAAGGUGAAGUCUGGGGCUUCCUAUGGCUUCGAGGAUGGCGAGGAGUGUUUCAAACUAUACCAUUUCUACCGUGACUACAGAUUCUGUGUCUUGACUGACCCAUCCGACGCUAAGUUUUCGCCUGCGGCAGAGCGUGACUCCUGGGUGGACGCAUUGGAGGAAUGUAUGCCAAAUCAUCGAAGCUAG